AUGCGAUUCUCCAUUGUUGCCGUCUGUAGCGUCGUUGCAGCCUUUGCUGGCACUGCGACCGCCGGUCUGAUCGGCGAUAUAAAACUCGAUAACAUCAAACUUGUGAGCGACGGGGCCAUACAAAUCGGCCAAGACGGCAUUUUGAGGUCCAACACAGGGGAUGGAAGCGUUAUUGAUCUUAUCAAGCUCAGCCCGACGCAGCUGACCUCUUUCCUCGAUCUGCUCAAGCUGGGCAAGGGGAAACGGACAGGUGGCACGGUGAUGGCGGCCAGGGAAAGGCGAGUGCCAAGGGAGCUUGCGGCCCGGUGCACAAAGGCAGCAUGCAAGAAUAACGGCGAUUGUCAGGCUGUCAACUGUCGGGCGUGUGUUGAGACGACGUGCUUUUAG